UCUGUCGCAACCCGAAACAAUCGCAGCCUUCGUUAAGGAGCAGCGUCGGGCGCUGGAUCGGAGCAAGCAUGGCGAGCAUGCCGUUUGUCAGCGAGGGGAAAUGUGUGAGUGUGGAGUGGGAUUUCCUGCAAGGACUUCUCGCCAAGCCUCCUACACUGCCCUGUCUCCAGAACCUGCGUAAAGAGAAAUCUCGCAAUGCAGCUCGUUCUCGGCGGGGGAAGGAGAACUUUGAGUUCUUUGAGCUGGCCAAGAUGCUGCCUUUGCCAGGGGCCAUCACGAGUCAGCUCGAUAAAGCUUCAGUCAUCCGGCUGACUAUCAGCUAUCUGCACAUGCGCACCUUUGCAAGCCAAGGAGACCCACCAUGGAGCCCUCUGCUGGAGGGGGACAACAAUUGCAGCAAAGGUGAGCUGGAAACAAAGACACCAAGAUGCUGGAUUUUUUUUUUCACCUCUGAAGUUGGAACUCAAAUCUGGAAAUGGGGUCAGCCCCAACUCAAUCGGUUUUCAGUUGUAAGUUUUUAAAUUAAGGCGGA